AUUUUAAAUCAUUUUAGGAGAGAAAUGAAAGAGAAAAGCCGCUGAGCAGUGCUGGCCACGGCGGUGAUAGGUGAGGUUUGGAGGCUCCAAAAACAAAAUGCAGAGAGCAUCAGAGCUCUACAUGACUUGAAUAUGAAGAGACACAAGUCCGCUAUCGGCUCCCUUCACUGUCAGCCUUCAGCACUUCUCCCACAUGAUGUUUUGAGUGUUUUAUCAGUGAAGAGAAAACACAAGUGGCACGGCUUUCAGAUGCUCAGAGGAGCCACGGGCUGGGUUGAGUCUCCACGGUUCUCAUGGUGUGUUUAAGUGCAGCCCCCUGCUCCGAGCUCUUCAACAGUCCAGUCUCACUCUCGUGUUGUUGUGAAGAGGAACUAAACUUCAGGAGGAAAUGGCAGAAGUAGCUCCAGUUCAAGCCGCCCCGGCGGCCAAAGCAGCCAAGAAGAAGGUCUCUAGACCGAAGAAGACUGGCCCCAGCGUCAGAGACCUCAUCGUUAAAGCUGUGGCCGCAUCCAAGGAGCGGAGCGGCGUGUCUCUGGCCGCCGUCAAGAAGGCUCUGGCUGCCGGAGGCUACGAUGUGGACAAGAACAAGGCCCGCGUCAAGACCAACAUCAAGACCCUGGUGGCUAAUGGGACUCUGGUCCAGCUCAAGGGGACCGGGGCCUCCGGCUCCUUCAAGGUCAGCAAGCAGGCUGCAGAGAAGCCGAAGCCAGCCAAGAAAGCCGCUCCUAAAGCCAAGAAGCCCGCAGCCAAGAAACCCGCAGCGGCUAAAAAGCCCAAGACGGUGAAGAAGCCGGUAGCCGCGAAGAAAUCCCCGAAGAAGGCGAAGAAACCCGCAGCGGCCAAGAAAGCAGUCAAGAGCCCCAAGAAACCAGCCAAGAGCCCCAAGAAGGCGACUAAGGCUCCCAAGGUGACCAAGAGUCCCAAGAAGGUGGUCAAAAAGGCCCCUGCAGUCAAGAAAGCUCCCGCUAAGAAGGUUGCCAAACCCAAAGCCAAGAAAGCAGCACCCAAGAAGAAGUGAGCUGUUCUCAGUCUGAACAAACACUCCGACAAAAAGGCUCUUUUAAGAGCCAC